GCGGCUAAUAGGCGGCUUCCCGCUGCCGGGGGAGCGCUGCGAUUGGCUGCGCCUGGACGUCAGUCGGCGCUCGGGGAGAGGCCGUGGCGGCUUCCUGUGUUGGCAGUGCGGGUCGGCGGUGCGGGGCUUCGUGAUGAGAAUGAUCGAGAGUGUCGACUCGGUGGUCACCAGGUCCGGCGAAGACCUCUGGGCUGAGAUCUGCUCGUGUCUGCCCUGUCCAGACCAGAAGGACGCUGGCAAUGCUUUUACAGACUCCUUCGCGGAUUCUUAUGCCGAAGGGGGAAGCCUGGGGGAUGCAUCGAAUGGCUCUUCCCAAGCAAAUCCGAAGCCCUGGGCGCCCCUGAAUGAUUCGGAGAUAUAUUUAGCAUCCCUAGAGAGAAGACUGAUGAGAAUUAAAGGCUUGUCUCAAGAGGUGACCUCCAAGGAUAUGCUGCGUACUCUUUCCCAAGCUAAGAAGGAAUGCUGGGACAGGUUCCUGCAGGAGAAGUUUGAGUCUGAAUUUUAUAUGGAGGGAAAUGAAUCUGAUGAGAGCACACUGGAACAUCUAAAGCGAUGGCUGCAACCUGAUAAAGUGGCAAUCAAUACCGAAGAGGUACAGUACCUCAUCCCUCCAGAAUCACAGCCAGAGAAGCAGGAGACUGCAGAAGAACCUCCAUCUGCAGAGCAGUGAGAUGCAUGCCAACCAUGCCACACAGCUGCCUCUUGUCCAAACCCUGAUGAAGUUGUAUGCAAUUUAAGUAAUAACAGGAUGGGGUUGAGGGAAAGUGCCAAUUAUUGGUCAGUAAAAAAAACAGCUAUGGACCUCCAGAGAUAGUGACUGGCGGUUGUUAUUUACAGGAGUGAAAUGCCUGUGACACAGUGUAUGCUGAACUGAAAUCCUACUUUGAUCUACUCUCAGCCUGUAGCAACCUAAUCAUUCCAGUCUGAAUGUGAAUCGUUUGUAAUUUAUGAAGAGAAAUAUUGAACAAAAAAGCAGUUAUUGAGAAGCAUCAGAAAACAUUAUGGUCUAGAAUAGAACAGAUAAAACUCAAACUGCUGAAUUAGUUCUUCCUCCUGCUUUGUACCCUUUUGUUACGAAAUUGGGCAUAUUUUUCCUUCCUGCAAAGUGCACAGUGGUGCUUACUGUAUAUCUUCAGUAUUUAUGUUUGAGCUGGCUCUGAGCUAUGCCUGGAGUAGGACAGAUAUUUUUCACCUAUCUGAAUUUGGAACCCUCAAGGAAGCUAUCAUUGUAAUAAUUGAAUAGAUGUUAUUAUUGAAGUUAUCACUGAAAUGGUAGCUACAGAAGGCUAUUUAAUAUUCCUCUCUUUGUAAUGUACCCUCUUGGAAUAUUCGACUUCAUUGGUCAUCCAAAAUCUCUAUUAUAGAAUAGACUGGAGGGGGAGUAAUUUUGCAUUGUUUGUCACUUCGUGUCUAUGUCUCUUCUCUCCUUCAGUCUUUCCAGGAAAGGGGCAGAUGAGAUUCUGUAUCAGGAAAAUAAGUGUUAACCAGGGAGGCUACAAAAAACUUGUUUUCAUCACAGACUUGCACAGAAUUGUCUGAAUUUAACUUUGUUGUAAUGUAUAUUUCUUUUUCAUCCUGUUUAGCUCUACAGAGGGUUGUUUCCCAUUAUUAAUGAAAGGAUCUGUAAUUGUGAACUUGUGUAAGAUUGACUCUUCUUUAAGCUGUGCUUUCCCUCUUGACAUUGACACCAAAGGUCAAUAGAGGGAAGUGGCCUACAUCUUCUGUUGGAUAAAGCUCUUUAGACAGAAACUGUAGGGUUAAUUCUAGUAGUUUAUGCAGACUAGACUCAUAUCUCAUUCAAUAUAUAUCUGUAUGAAAAUACAUUUUUAAACUAGCUCCUUGAUAUAUCUUCAUUGUUCUCCAUCUCUGUACAAUUACAAAUGGUGCUGUUGUCUCAUUCACUGACAGCUGUGACUCUGUUGCUACUUCUGCAUAUGAUUUUGUGUUGUGACUUGGGGCUUGUCCCCACAGUCAGCUUUAUCAGUGUAACUGCCUACCUCAACCUUACCGUUCACAAAAGAAGUUACACUCAUACAGUUCUGCAAGUAUGUUUCUCCAUGAUAAACACAUGUUUUAGAGAUUUGAGAAAUAUCGUGAAUCAUCGGAGUGUCAACCAUUUCGUCAUGCUGGAGGGUUUUUUGUCUUCUUUUAUACAUCCAUAUUAAUUUAUCUCUAAGGCUUCUGCUUUGCUAUGCAUUCAGAUACAGUCCUUGAUAUAUCAUAACUCCCACCUGUGUUGUCAAGCUAUAAUGAAGACACUUCUGAGUAUUUACCAUAAAUAGUAUGUGCAAAGAGAGAAAGAUGCAAUUUCUUUUUCUGUAACCAGGCUAUUUUCUAGUCAAUACAUUUCCCUUUUGUGAUGAUAAA